GGCUCGCCUUCAAUGAAUCUUACAGCAGCCGACACUCUCAUCCCCCGCUCCUGAUCUUAAACCCUAAUUUCUUUUCUCAGGCUCACACAGUUCUUUGUUUCCUCAGGAUCAGAUUUCAUCACCGUCUACUCUCACCGCAACGGUCAAUUGUGUUGGAAGUUCAUAUUCAAGAUAAUGACCUUGGAAAACGAUGCUUCAUUCGUUGAGAGUGAGAAGAAGAAGAAAUCUAAAAAGAGAAAACAUGAUAAGCAAGACAACGAGCAUUUCAGUGAUGCAGUUAACAUGAGCAAGGAUGAUGAGAAAGUAAAGAAGAAACAAAAGAAGACUAAAAUUCAUCAAGAUGGUGGUGUUUGUAAAGAAGCUUUAGACACAACACUAAACCCGGAUCACAGAGAAGAGAAGAAGAACAGAAAGCUAAAAGCUCUUGAGGAUAAGAGUCUGCCAUCAUCUGAUCAUGUUGACAUGACCUUGGAAGGCAGUGACACCAGGGAAUCGAAGAUUCAUAAAGCUAGAAAGGAAAAGAAGAAGGAUGAGUGCAACAUUGAAAUUGAGGAUGGGAAAAACAAGACUGAAAAGAUGAAGAAGGACAAGAAGAAGAAACAAAGCAAGGAGAAGGCUAAUGGGGGUCACAAAGGAGAGAAGGAAGCCAAUGAUCAAGAUGGUGAUUUGAGUAAGGAAUCUGAGAAAAAGAAGAGGAAGUUAGAAAAGAAAAUGACGAAGAAGGAUUUGUCAGCAACCGAAAAUGUCAAUGAUGUAACUAAGCUAGUUGAAAAUCAGUCGAGGAAAAAGAAAUCAAUUGAGGAAGUCAAAAAGAAGAAAAAGAGAUCCAAGAAAGUUACAUUCUCUUCUGAAGUGGAGGUUUUUCCACUAGACAACGACGAUCUUCCAAAAAAGAACGAUGAAAAAAAGCUAAUUCAAGGUAAGCGGUUUACUCCCGAGGAGAAUGAGAAGAUUAAGGAAGCGGUUAAUAACUACAUAAUUGAUCACAACUUGGGUGAAAAAGGUGUGGACAUGAUUAUGCACUCUGUGAAAUAUCCCGAAAUAAGAAAUUGCUGGAAGGAAAUCGGACUAGCUUUGCCCCACAGGCCAAGCAUUGCUGUUUAUUACCGAGCCCACAUUCUAUUUGAACGAGGCGAUGAUACUGGAAAAUGGAAUGAAGAUGAUUUCGACUUGUUAAGAAAGUUCCACGCAGAAUAUGGUCCAAAGUGGAAGCAACUAGCUGAAAUAACAGGUCGCCAUAGAAUUCACAUUAAGGAUACAUGGCGUAGAAUAAAAUUGGAAAACAAGAAAUCAGGACGUUGGUCUCAAGACGAAUACCAAAACUUAUUCGAUUUAGUCAACAUCGAUCUGAAGCUAAAAGUAUUUGCAGAAAAGAAAUCGAAACACGGAAUGUUGAGGGACAACAUCGGUUGGACUGCGAUUAGCGAUACUUUAACUACAAGAACUAAUCCAGACUGCUGCCUUAAAUGGUACAACCAACUGACGUCUACUAUGGUGAGAGAAGGCAUUUGGGCUGAUACAGAUGACUAUCGAUUGUUGGGUGUGCUUUUUAACUUGGAUGCUUGCAGUGUAGAAGAAGUGGAUUGGGAUAAUAUUAUCGAACAGAGGCCGGGCGAAGUGUGUAGGAGGCGAUGGAACCAAAUGAUUCGUCAUAUUCAUAAUUAUAAGACUAAGUCCUUUCCUGAACUAGUUGAAAUUCUAGCGCAACGAUAUAAAUUGGAUGUGCUUGAAGCCAGAGAGAUUUGGGAUAACAAACCUUAUGUUCCUUGAACUUGGAAUAACAAGCCAGAGAGACUAAAGUCCUUUCCUGAAUCGUCCUAUGUGUCUAUGUUCUUUGCAGAAGAAGUUGGUGGCAUUAGCACUAGAGUCUAAAGGUCUGGUUCCUGUUUAGGCAACCACAUGCUUCAAACUCUUGAUCAUGAUUUGCUUCUUAAACUUUGAGAUUGCGAAGAAUGUCACAUUUGAAGCUAUUUGUAAUAUUCUCUUUUGUUCCCAUUAAAAAACUGUAAAACAGUAUUUUUUUUUUUUUUUAAUUAUGAUACAAACCAAUGAACCAUCAUUUUAUUAAGAUUGUUUUUAUUUCA